AUGGUUCACGUCGGCAUUCCCAAGAACUAUACCGCGUCCCCGUCGUCGUUUGGUGGAACCUCUCUGACUAUCAACUAUGAUGCGACUCAGGAUCUUGACUCCAGCAAUGCCUUUGAAGGCCCUGAGAAGCUGCUCGAGGUCUGGUUUGCGCCGUCUGCCACUGAACUUGGCGACGCAGGCCCCGAAGGUCUGAAGAAGGUUCCCAGUGACAUUUGGAAGGAUAUGUUGGACCUCGUCAACUGCCAGGUACUCUCGAUUGUCUCCUCCGAUGACGUGGACGCCUAUCUUUUGUCCGAGUCCAGCAUGUUCGUCUGGCCGCACAAGCUCAUCCUGAAGACAUGCGGUACCACCACUCUGCUGUCGGGUCUCCCGCGCAUCUUGGAGAUUGCCGCUCUGUUUGCCGGCUUUUCUCGUGCGACGGCCCCACCGUCUCGUGGAAUUACUGUGGCCGCUGCUCCCUAUCGCGUCUUCUACAGCCGUAAGAACUUUUUGUUCCCCGAUCGUCAGCGUGGCCCUCAUCGCAGCUGGCGCGAUGAGGUUCGCAACAUGGACAAAUUGUUUCAAAACGGCAGUGCCUACAUGAUCGGCAAGAUGAACGGAGAGCACUGGUACUUGUAUCUGACUGAGCCUCACACUCUGCUCACCCCUCCGGCGAGCCCUACGGAGGAAGUUAACUUUACCGAGACCGAGACCAAGGUUCUCAGCUUCCCCAAGCCUGCUCCUAUUGCCUCCUGUGAUGAGUACGAUGAGACUCUUGAGGUCUUGAUGACCGAUCUAGAAGAGGAGAACGCCAAGCAGUUCUACCUUGACAAUGCCGCCGCUGUGGCCGAGAAGCGCUACCUCAACUUCGACAAGGACGAGGGUAUUGAGCAUGUUGAUGUCUUUAGCAACGGCUCUGACCUGGAUGACCCUGAGGUCCAGGGUGAUCGCACUCUGCCGCCGGAGCUGACCACCGAGGGCCACGCCCUGGGAACUGUUGUUUCCGAGGCAUGCGGUCUGUCGGAUGUCUACCCUAAGAGCAAGUUCCCGGAUGCUCGCAUUGAUGCGUAUCUCUUCACCCCCUGCGGCUUCUCCGCCAACGGUGUGGUUCCUGCUCCGGACAACAAGGCUCCGACCCACUACUUUACCGUGCACGUCACUCCGGAGCCUCACUGCUCGUACGCAUCCUUCGAGACCAACGUUCCGCAUUCACAGAACGGCAAGACCACUUCGGACAUCAUCCAGCAAGUCGUGGACAUCUUCAAGCCGGGCCGUUUCAGCAUCACCCUGUUUGAGACCAAGCCUGAACUUGACGAGGCUGACGCCAAUGGUUUCUACGAGGCUCACCAACGCCUCGCUAUGCGUCGCAGUCCUAAGAUGGAGCACAUUGAGGGAUAUCGUCGCAUUGACCGUAUCGUUCACGACCUGAAUGGCUACGAUCUUGUGUUUCGCUACUAUGAGCGCAACGACUGGAAAGGGGGGGCACCUCGGCUUGGAGAGAAGUUCUGA